AUGGCGGUGGCCAGGAAAAUCAAAACUUUGCUGACGGUGAACAUCCUGGUGUUCGUGGGCAUCAUUCUUUUCUCCGUCUACUGCCGGCUGCAGGACCGCUCCCAGGAGCUGGUGCAGAUAGUGCGCAGCGCCGACCGCCGGGUGCGCAGCCGGCACACCAGGGCGGGUGUGAUCCUGGACCGGGAGGCCAUCCUGCAGCGGCUCGACCACCUGGAGGAGGUGGUCUACAACCAGCUCAAUGGUCUAGCCAAGCCCAUGGGUCUGGUGGAAGGGCCAGGAGGACUAGGCCAGGGUGGCAUGGCGGCCACACUCCGAGAUGAUAGCCAUGAGUCUGAAACCAAAUAUGAAGAAUAUGGUUACAAUGCGCAGCUGAGUGACCGGAUCUCCCUCGACAGGAGCAUCCCAGACUACAGACCCAAAAAGUGCAAACACAUAAUGUAUUCUGAGGACCUGCCCCAGAUCUCCGUGGUCUUCAUUUUUGUCAAUGAAGCUCUCUCCGUGAUCCUUCGCUCAGUGCACAGCGUUGUCAACCAUACCCCAUCUCACUUGCUCAAAGAGAUCAUCCUGGUAGAUGACAACAGUGAUAAUGUGGAGCUAAAAUUUAAUCUGGACCAGUAUGUAAAUAAGAGAUACCCAGGGUUGGUGAAAAUAGUCCGCAAUACCAAGAGGGAAGGACUCAUCCGAGCUCGCAUUCAGGGCUGGAAAGCAGCAACCUCUCCGAUCGUGGGUUUCUUUGACGCUCAUGUGGAAUUCAACAUUGGCUGGGCAGAGCCGGCCCUAACACGAAUCAAAGAGGAUCGAAGGAGAAUAAUCUUGCCCGCCAUUGACAACAUCAAGUACAAUACCUUUGAGGUACAGCAAUAUGCCAACGCUGCCCAUGGCUACAACUGGGGCCUUUGGUGCAUGUAUAUCAUCCCACCACAAGACUGGCUGGACCGAGGGGAUGAGUCUGCGCCUAUCCGGACACCAGCCAUGAUUGGCUGCUCAUUUGUGGUGGACCGGGAGUAUUUCGGGGACAUCGGUCUGCUUGACCCGGGCAUGGAAGUGUACGGUGGGGAAAACAUCGAGUUAGGAAUGAGGGUCUGGCAGUGUGGGGGCAGCAUGGAGGUACUGCCCUGUUCCCGUGUGGCCCAUAUCGAGCGCACAAAGAAACCCUACAAUAACGACAUUGAUUACUAUGCAAAGAGAAAUGCCCUGAGAGCUGCAGAGGUCUGGAUGGAUGACUUCAAGUCCCACGUGUACAUGGCCUGGAAUAUCCCCAUGACGAACCCAGGAGUGGACUUUGGGGAUGUGUCUGAGCGCCUCGCUUUGCGUCAGAGGCUCCAGUGUCGCAGUUUCAAGUGGUACUUGGAGAACGUGUACCCCGAGAUGAGGAUUUAUAACAAUACCAUCACCUAUGGAGAGGUGAGAAACAGCAAGGCCAGUGGCUACUGCUUGGACCAGGGUGCAGAAGACGAUGAUAGAGCAAUACUAUACCCUUGCCAUGGGAUGUCCUCACAGCUGGUACGCUACAGUGCUGAGGGUCUGCUCCAGCUGGGGCCUCUGGGUUCCACUGCCUUCCUGCCAGACUCCAAGUGUCUCAUUGAUGAUGGGAAAGGUCGGACACCCACCCUGAAGAAAUGUGAGGAUGUGUCCCGCCCUGCCCAAAGACUCUGGGACUUCACCCAGAAUGGCCCCAUUGUGAGCAGAGACACAGGACGGUGUCUGGAAGUGGAGAUGUCCAAGGAGGCUAACUUUGGUCUCCGAUUGGUGGUGCAGAGGUGCUCGGGACAAAAAUGGAUGAUUAGAAACUGGAUUAAACAUGGGCGACACUGA